AUGAGCGCUGUGAGUUUCUGCAGCUUCAUUCGAAUCAAGCAGAAAAUGUUUCAGAACGUGCAAAACGCGGAGAACAACGAAGACAACAAGGGCGUCAUCGAGAAGACGAUGGAAUUGGCUUCCGAAGCGGGCCACGCCACCAUGGAACUGGCUUCUGACGCCGGCCACAAGAUCAUGGACGCCAUCCACAGCGUCUACGGCGAGCCCCGGGCCGAAGACAAGGCCGCCGACAAGAUCAAGGACGCCACCGACACGGCCGCUGAGAGGGUAAAUUAUCGAUUGAAACUAAAUUAGACAAUUCACAAUAUUUCAGGUGAAGAACAUCCGCGACGGAGCCAGCAACAAGUGGGAGAAGGCCAAGGACCGUGGCCACGACGCCAAGAAGGACGUUCAGCGCAGUGCUCGCAACGCCAGGAGGAGUGUCCAGAACAAGGUUGGACCAAAUUGUCGGUUGAGAAGUUGGAGUUGAUCAUUUCAGACCGAAGACAUCAAGGAGGGCGCCAGAGACGCCAAAGACAACAUGGCCGAGCAUUGGGACAACGCCAAGGACGCCAUCAAGGAGAAGGCCGAAGACGUGAAGGAGGGCGCUGCCGAGGCCUGGCAGACCGUCAAGGGCAAGGCCGACAAGAAGAACUGCGCCCUACAGCAGAAGGUAUUUUGAUAACAGUUGAAUUCAAAUUUCAAGUGAUCAUUUCAGGGCAACCGUGCUCGUCACUACGCUGCCGGAAACCUGCACGGCGCCGCUCGCACCAUUGAAGGCCACUAA